AUGUUAUUAUUAUUGAAUUCGUCGCUCGCUUUCGCCACGAUUUUCAUUCUACUCACAUUGCUUUUAUUUAUGAUGUUAAUUGUAUUUUUUCUUCUGAAAUAUCAAUACGAAAAUGUGGCGCUGAAAUUUGAUACAAAAAAAGAAGAAAUAACGAAUAUUCGAUCGAGAGAAGAGACGAUGAUUGAUGAUAUUAAAGCUGUCUAUCAAGUGAAUGGCCCACCGAUGAUACUGUAUGAAAAUGAAUGCGAUGAAUUGCCAGAUUACCCGAAUUCCCAAACACGAAGUGCUUCCCCGCUUCCCUCAUACGAUGACGUCAUUUAUUGUGAUCAAGUGAAUCGAUCAUUUCAAAAUUUGUUGAGCACUGUU